CUCCAAAUCCAAUCACUGUCCUAAUAUUGUAGACUUCACCUCCGCAACAUCUGCAAGACACGCCCAUUCCUAACCUCGGAAACCACCAAGCAACUUAUUCCCUCCCUGGCUAUCCCCUCUUCAGUCCAUGAAUGCUGCUGCCAGACUCAUCCACCUUACUAACUGUUCUGUAUCAGCCACCCCUCUCUGCCAAUCCCUCCAUCCCUGUCCACUGGCCUCCAUUCAGUGUCCUCAACCCCUCUCUGCCAAUCCCUCCACUGGCCCCCAUUCAGUGUCCUCAACCCCUCUCUGCCAAUCCCUCCAC